GCCUAGACAAAAGCCAUUCUACAAACGUUAACGACUAUCGCUAAAAAAAAUUUGUUUGGAUUUGACAUUUGGUUACGACAGCUAGCGAAAACGAAAAAAGAAUGAUAGCCAAAAGCCGGAAUUCUUAUCGUUAAACGAAACGUCCAACUUUCUACAGCGUCAUACGACUAUUUUCAAUAGAAAGGGUAGCCAACAUCCAAAUUUGACAUUCGAUAUCGCUGCGUGGCGUUAGAAUUUGAACGAUAACCGAGCGUAUGUCAUUACCUUGUAGAAAGGGUUGAUAUAAGUGUCAAAGUACUCAAAGUUUCUUUUGCAGUGCAAAUUAUUGUAUUCUCGUGCAAAUACCUAAUAAGUAGAUCUUGCAGUUUUGUGAUACGCCGCCGGUUGUUUGUUUUAAUUAUGCUGGCACUCCGUAUGUUGUGGGCUGCUCAUAAUGAGGAAGUCUGGCGAAGACGCCAACUAAGACAAAGAAAUCGCAGGCGUCUCGAAAACAUUGAUGAGAUGCCGGAUGUUUCCUUUCAAGAAAGGUUUCGCCUGGACAAACCAACGUUCAGAGAACUUUGUGGAGACCUAAGGGCUCGUACAAAUCUGCGUGGUACAAAUGCCAUUCCCAUUGAAGUUAAGAUAUUAUGUGCCCUAAGUUUUCUGGCUACAGGGUCCUACCAGAGAAUUGUUGGUGUCACCCAGCAUCUGCCACAGCGCACAGCCAGUAGAUGCAUCCGGCAAGUUGUUGAGGCACUGAACCACCCCAGUAUCACAAACAAGUGGAUAGUGUUCCCGCUAACACGACAAGAAAGAGUGAAAAUAAAACAAGAAUUCCAAAUGAAGUUUCGUUUGCCUGGAGUCAUUGGCUGUAUUGACUGCACUCAUGUGGCCAUUGUAAAGCCAAGUCAUGAGGAACACCUUUUUUUUAACAGAAAAGGGUAUCAUUCUUUAAAUGUACAAAUGAUCUGUGACAGCAAUUUAAAAAUAAUGAAUGUAAAUUCAAAGUUUGGUGGAGCAACACAUGACUCGCACAUAUGGGCUGCAGGUCAAGCAGAACCAUACAUGCGUGAAUUGCAUAGAAAUGGAGAACAAGUUUGGCUAUUAGGUGACUCCGGAUAUGCCCAGAGAGCCUGGCUCAUGACGCCUAUACUCAAUGCUGCAGAAGGUUCGCGAGAAGCGGAAUACACAAGGCGGCACAUCCAAGCGAGAAAUUGCAUAGAAAGAUGCUUUGGUGUCCUUAAAUCACGGUGGAGAUGUUUACUACGUGAUAGAACGCUCCAUUAUCACCCUUAUGUCGCCAGCAGAAUCACAACUGCAUGUGCUGUACUGCACAAUAUUGCAUUACAUGCCCGCAUGCCCGAACCUGACGAGCUUCCACCAGCCAACGAUGAUGAUUUUGUGCAAAUAAAUAAUAUUCAAAAUCAUAAUGAUUUAAUCCAGGGCAGAGCCAUGCUAAAUAUUUUAGUUAAUAGAUUGUAGUUUGUUAAACAUUAUGACAGUUUGGUUUUUAUGUAAUUAGUUAGGUUAAUUGGUAAUAAUAUAAUUAGGUUAGAUAAGUAAAAACUAGGAUAAUAUCUGGAUAUUCUGUUUAAUCAUAUUUUUGAAAUACUAAAUAAACACUGAUCCAUCAUACAAUAAAGUCUUUCAAAUAAUCAACCUUAAUAAAAUAAAUGUUAUUUUGAUGAAAUACUGAUAAAUACUAGGGUUUUCACAUAACCAUGCAAAAAAACAAGUCAUAUUCAGUGUUCUAAUCAACAUUAUCCACAGAAAAUCUAACGAUAGUCUUUAUGUUUAUUAUUAAAACUUCUAUCACACAUAUUAAUUAAAACAUAAAAUAAAUCAAACAAAACAUUAAUUAUUAUUAAAACUUCUAUCACACAUAUUAAUUAAAACAUAAA